AUGUCGGUUUUCAAACUUCCUGACUCUUUCUGUAGUUUUGUUAAGAAGGAAAUGACCAAUUUUUGGUGGGGUGCUGAAGAUGGUGAGCGUAAACUUCUUUGGAAAAGUUGGAAAGCUUUGUGCAAUGCUAAGAGUAUAGGGGGUCUUGGGUUUAGAUCUAUGAAGCCUUUCAAUCAAGCCAUGCUUGCAAAACAAGUUUGGCGAAUCCAAACCAAUCAGUCACCUCUGCUUACCAACCUUUUUAAGGCAAAAUAUUUCUCCCGCACAACCUUUUCAAACUCCUCCUUAGGUCAUUCCCCAUCAUACGUUUGGCAGAGUCUUCAUUGGGGUAAAUCUCUCCUGAAAGAGGGUCUUUGUAAGAGGAUUGGAAAUGGGUCCACCACUAGAAUUUUACAUGAUAAUUGGAUCCCAAACCACUGCUUCAUCCCCACUUCCCUUCCUAGCCACCUUGUCCAUGUCUCGGAUUUUCUCCUUCCAACAGGAGACUGGAACAUCCCUCUAAUGCGCAGCCACUUUCCCCAGGACACUAUCAGUGAUAUUCUAUCCCUCCCCCCACCUGACACUACCCAAACGGACUCUUAUUUCUGGCAGCACACUUCUUCAGGUCAUUAUUCUGUUAAGACAGGGUACCAUGUGGCAAAAACUUCCACAAAUUUGACACAACCAUCCCCUUCAAAUACAACUAUCCUGAAGCGCUGGUGGAACUCCCUCUGGAGUCUUCAAAUUCCUCCCAAAAUUUGA